AUGGACCCCCCUCGUCAAUUUACCUCGAACCUGUCUUGGUCUUCACCGUCCGAGGCCUCAUCUGAGGAUAACCUUGCGCUCCUGGCCGAGGAUGUGGAGAAGGAGUCUUUUAUCACCAGUCAGACUCAAGAUCAGUAUCUCGUCUUCACAUCUGCUCCUCCGGCGCAAUCUUUCAGAUUGAGCGACGAUGACUUGCCAGAAAGCAGGUUCUUUCGAUUCUUCUUCAAUGCAGAGACGGAGGCUUUGAUCGCGAGUGUAAUACCUUUCCCCCGCACACAGACUUGCAGUCAGAUCAUUUAA